AUGCGAAGAAGGAGAAGGAACAACCUCACGCACUUGGACCAAUGCUUCUCAAAUUUCAUAAACCCUUUCAUUCUUCAUCAAUCUCAAUUAUCCCCUAAUAAUAAUAAUUCCCCGCCAUCAUCCAUCGUUCAUCACGAUCGCCAGAUCAAUCACAACCGUCCAUCAUCAUCAACCUCAAUCAUCAAGAACUUCAACACUAUCUACGACAAUAACACCACCGAACCCGAACCGGAACCUGAACCCGAGCCUGCAGACUUCGCCACCGCAUUUGCCUCCCAACGCUUCUUCUUCUCCUCCCCCGGCCGAUCCAACUCCAUCGUCGAAUCCACCCCGUCCUCUUCCUCCUCUUCAUCACUAACUUCGUCGUUAACCACCACUGCGCCGGCGGAAGCUUCCUCGGCUUCGGCCGGCGACGAAAGUAAGGCGGUGUUGUUUGAGGGGAGCGUGGCGGUGCCGACGUACUCGCCGGAUCCUUACUUGGACUUCCGGCAAUCGAUGGAGGAGAUGGUGGAGGCUCGACCGGAGCUCAUGGCGGACGUGAAGUCCAACUGGCACGUGCUGCAGGAGCUUCUGAUGUGCUACCUUGCUCUGAACCCGAAGAGCACGCACAAAUUCAUUCUCGGUGCCUUCGCUGAUCUUCUCGUUACACGCAUGGCGUUUUCUGACGGUGGCGGUGGCGGUGGCGGUGGCGGUGGCGAAGAAUAA